CGCAGAUGAGACCGAAUCCGCUUUAGGCAUUUCACAGGGUGGCUGUGCCUGGGAUCGAUCUGCUGUGCCGCACCCCGAGACUGGGAGCGCCGUCAAUCCGAUUGGCACUACCAACUAACUCGUCUACUCGGAUGUCCUGCCUAAGGUUGGCAUCUCCAAGUUACGACCGCCUAGACGCGAAUGGCACUGGCAGUGCGGAGGGUUUUCACGCCGUUCCAUUUUCUUCGCAGUCAGCACUGCACAUUUCCAAGUCAUGCUUAUAAGUGCAAGCGUGCCGCGAAAGCACUUUGCAAUUCUAUCCGCAAGUUUCUCAACCUUGUGAUUUUGACAGAACCAAGUCAAAAGACGUUACAUUCGGUCCACGUUUUGUUUGGAGUAUACCAUUUGAUUAAAAUUGCCUCACGCUCUGCAUCUUGAAACACUAUCAGCGACAGACAAGAGGUCCGGUCCCCGCUCGACCAUGUGGGUCCCACCGCCGGCUUGCCCUCCCGGAAUGGACGACUCGCUCGGCCCGUGGGCCGGAGAGUCGUGCCGGGGCGGCUUCGACUUUACGCUACUGUUCGAAGAAGCCGUACUUGCGGUUCCCCUGCACUCCCUUCUCCUGCUUGUGCUCCCCACCUGUGCCAUACGCCUGGCAAGGUCCGAUGUCAAGGUCGUCGCCAGUACCCUGCGCUAUAUCAAAGCUUGUGCAUUCAUCUGUCUGGUUGUCCUCAAUGCUGCGCUUCUCGUACUUUGGACUACCACGCCCCGUGGCGCCAUCCUCCACACGCGUGCGACCAUUCCAGCCGCUGUGCUCACUCUCGUUGCCUCGCUCGGGUUGGCUUUGCUGUCGUGGCUGUCACAUGAACGGUCUGUGAGGCCGUCAUUCAUCCUCUCGACCUACCUCUUCGUGUCAGUCCUGCUGGACACCGCCCGUGCUCGCACCUUGUGGAUGAUUGGACCCCACCAGACCAUCCCCGCCGUCUUCACAUGCACCUUGGCGUUGAGGGCUGUCAUGAUUCUUCUAGAAUCAACAGAGAAGCGGCGUAUCCUGGUCCCGCAACACAAAGGAUACUCCAAGGAGGUCACUAGUGGCACCUUCAAUAGAUCCGUCUUCUUCUGGCUGACGUCGCUCUUCGUUAACGGAUAUAGAAACAUUCUUCGGUUAGAUGACCUCUACCCACUGGACCCGAAGCUAGCCUCGGGGCCUCUAUACAACAAACUCGCCGACGCGUGGGACAAAGUCCCGAACAAGACCGUCCCCGGUACUUUGUUCAGUACCUGGCUCCGUGCAUUUGCGGGCCCCGUGUCUGCCGCCAUCGUCCCGAAACUCUUCCAGAUCGCCUUCAACUACGCCCAACCAUUUCUCAUAGACGAGGCUAUCCGCCUGGCCAGCCAGCCGCAGGUGCAGCCUUUCAACAACCGUGGUUUCGGCUUGAUAGGGGCCUACGCCAUCGUCUACACGGGCAUUGCUGUUUCAACGGGUCAGUAUGACUGGCAUAAUCAACGUGCGGCCUCGGUGACGAGGGGCAGUACAACGGCACUUGUUUACAGAAAAUCGCUGAGACUUGAUUUGACUUCGCCGAAUGUCAGUCCAUCGGGUGCUUUGACACUGGUUGGGACCGACACCGAGACCAUCAGUCAGGGUAUCACUCAACUGCAUGAGAUUUGGGGAGGGCUCUUGGAAAUUGGGAUUGGAAUAUACUUGAUCUAUAGGCAGCUCGGCGCUGCCUGUGCUAUGCCGGUUGCCUUCGUUUUUGUUGUUCUCAUCGCCACGGCUUUUCUUGCCGUUCCGACCGGCAAAGCGUCAGCAGAAUGGAUCAAGGCUUCACAAGACCGGGUUUCGACGACCUCUAAGACAUUGGGAAACAUAAAAUGGCUCAAAGUCUCUGGCCUCAACGAUGCGGCUUUCUCUGUCAUCCAGAAGCUCCGUGAUGCAGAGCUCAAGGUGUCGAGAAGAUUUAGGAUCUUGCUUGGCGUCUCUAUGAUGUUUUUGAUCUGUACCCCAAUUUGGUCCCCGAUUCUUACUUUUAGUACUUUCGUGGGCACAGCUGCUGGAAGUGAUAACACUCUGACGAUUCAAAAGGCCUUCACGGCGUACUCUCUCCUGAUUUUGGUGAACCAACCUCUAGUGGGCAUUGUCAUGGGGUUGCCUAUCCUCGCAGCUGCCAUUGCUUCUUUCCAGAGAAUACAAGACUUCUUGAACGGAAAGGAGCGAGCCGACAACAGAAUCACGACAGGCAACAGGUACAAAGGAGAUGACAAAAUCUCCAUAGGGGAACUAGGUCCUCGGAGCACCGAAGGAAACAUCGUGCCAUUGGAAAAUCUCGAGCCCUUGGAGAUUCAUAACAACAACUCUGCUGGCUUCAAUCUAGCUGCAAACAUCAUCGCUUCCAUUCAAGGAUCGUUCUCGUGGUCAAAUGAUUCCAACACUGUCAUCGACAUCGACAACUGGAACAUCAAGCGAGGGGCCUUUACCUUGGUUCUGGGGCCUGUUGGGUGCGGAAAGUCGACUCUUCUCAAGGCUCUCCUCGGCGAACUUUCAUCAUUCAAGGGGACAAUCCACACCAACUUCUCUGGCAUCGCAUACUGUGGUCAAACUGCGUGGAUACCAAAUGAUACGAUACGGAGUAUCAUCGUCGGCCAUACCCCCUUUGACCCGUCAUGGUAUCAGACAAUCAUCAGAGCCUGUGCUUUGGAGCAAGAUAUCUCUAGCUGGCCAAACGGAGAGAACACUAUGGCUGGAACUAAGGGAAUUUCCAUGAGUGGCGGACAGAAACAUCGUUUGGCUAUUGCGCGAGCUUUGUAUGCAAGGAGCGAGGUGUUGCUUAUUGAUGAUGUAUUCAGCGGGUUAGAUUCGGCCACUGAAGACAUCAUCUUCAAAAGUCUUUUCGGUCGGGACGGCUUGCUUAGGAAUACUGACACGACAGUUGUCCUAGCAUCCUCUGAUUGUAUGUUCUUUGAUAUUUUUACUUUGUCUCGUCGUUCUUCUGACCCUUGGUGCGCAGCGCGUCGAAUACCAUUCGCCGAUGAAGUCGUUGUCCUCGGUGAGAAUGGCCGGAUCAUAGACAACGAAACAGCUGCUAAGCCUGUCAAGGGCCAAAAUUAUCGGAAGAGAAUAUCCAAUUCAGCCGAGUUUUCGAAAGCUGCAUCCCCUCGAGCAGGAAACCACAUCGACAAACCACCAGCCAUAGUAUUGGGCAUGCUCGAGGACCAGACGGACUCCACGCGCCAGCUUGGCGACUGGGGGAUGUACAGCUUCUAUGCGAAGGCAGCCGGAUGGUUCAGCUUGUCGGCCUUCGCUAGUGCCAUGUUUGUGUUUGCCUUUUGCGAUUCUUUCCCAGAGAUUUGGCUCAAGUGGUGGGCGGAAUCGAAUGAGACGAGACCCAAUCAAGACCUUGGCAAAUGGCUUGGUGUGUAUGCAGCUCUUGGGGUCGGAUCUGUGGUAUCCGUCCUGUUUGGCAUGUGGCAACUCUUCAUCGUCAUCAUCAACAAGUCCGGCGUUUAUUUCCACAGCGUGUUGCUGGACACAACGUCUCAUGCGCCAACAUCGUUUCACAGUUUAGUUGAUAGUGGUAUCACAGUCAAUAGAUUCAGCCAGGACCUCCAACUGAUCGAUAUGGAACUACCAGCCGCCGCGCUUGGUCUAGCCAUAGGCGUAGCCUUUGGCGUGGCCCGAUUUGUAAUGAUCUCCGUCUCUUCCCGCUAUAUGGCCAUUAUUCUUCCCCUCCUCAUCCCCUUCUUCUACGCCCUUCAGCAUUUCUACCUCCGUACCUCACGCCAGAUGCGUCUCCUUGACAUCGAGUACAAGGCCCCGCUCUACUCCCAGUUGAUUGAGACACUUGAAGGUCUGGCAACCAUCAGGGCGUUUAAGUGGGAAGAUGACUUUGAGAAGACGAACAUGCACCGCCUGGAUAAUUCUCAGCGGCCCAGUUAUCUACUCACUUGUCUCCAGCGUUGGCUGACAUUCUCCGUGGAUAUGGUCAUCGCGGUCAUCGCGCUCGUAUUGAUUGUGCUGGUCACGACCCUGCGAGAGCAGAUUGGGCCUGGGUUUGUUGGCAUUGCGCUGACCAAUGUCUUGUCUUUCAGCGGCACGGUAAAGGCGAUCAUCACGUCAUGGGUCAUGUUGGAGGUGUCACUCGGCGCGGUUGCGCGGGUGAGAAACUUUGCUUUGACUACGAGACCUGAAGGAGAUUCCGAUAACUGUCUCACUGAGCCGGAAGAGGAGUGGCCCAGCCAAGGGGCGGUCAAAUUUCGUGGUGCAACGGCGUCAUAUUCUUCAUCUGGCCCCAUUCUUAAAGGGGUCAACUUAUCGAUCCAGCCAGGACAAAAGGUCGCCAUAUGCGGGCGAACAGGCGGCGGAAAAAGCUCUCUCAUCCUCUGUCUCCUCCGCAUGAUGGACCUGGAUUCCGGCUCCAUCACCAUCGAUGGCGUCGACGUCUCCACCCUCCCCCACGAAUACGUCCGCCGCAAGCUUGUCGCCGUGCCACAAGAGUCGUACAUCUUUGAUGGGUCAGUCCGCUUGAAUAUCGACCCCACUGGGACCGCCACGGACCCAGAAAUCGAGAAAGUCCUUGAGAAAAUACGGCUCCGGGAUAAGAUCGAGGAGCGAGGAGGUCUUGACGUGGUCAUUGACGACAAGUUCUUUUCCCAGGGCGAGGCGCAGUUACUGGUCCUCGCGAGGGCAAUGCUGAGAAAGGGAAAGGUACUGAUUUUGGACGAGAUCACCAGCAGUCUAAACGAAGAGUCGAGCCGGAUCGUCGACGAGAUAAUCCGGACGUGGUUCCGGAACUGGACCGUCAUCGUCAUUGCACAUAAGCUCGAGUCGAUCUUGGAUUUCGACCGGGUCGCGGUGGUCGAUGCCGGUGCGGUGGUCGAGUUCGGCGAGCCCAGGCAGUUGUUGGGACAAGCGUCGGCCUUCAGCAGGCUUUAUGAGCACUUGUCGUCCGCUUCCGAUACGAGCUAACAGGGUGCCAGUCGAAGGGCGUGUAAGGCCGUUGUAGGAUGCGGAAGUUAAUCACUCCUCCGUUUCGUGUUGUAUCAGUAGUAAUAGAAGCC